UUCGAAUCAACAAAAACUCAAAAUUAUUUUGGCUGAUAAGGUAACAAAAAUUAUGACGACAGCUAAGGAAAUAUUUAUGGAAAUUGUAAGAGCUUUACUCUUCUGUUGCAUCUUAAGUCUUCUGAUGACAGACUUUGCAGCAUCCCAGGCCAAUCUGUCUCCAUGCAUAAUGAUGACUGACCGCGGUCCAUGCAAGUCCCACUACAAAAUGUUUGCCUAUGACAGCUACGAUCAGCAAUGCAAAGAGUUUCAGUACAGUGGCUGCGGCGGCAAUCCAAAUCGUUUCAGUACCUAUGAAGAGUGUAUGAGUGCUUGUAAGCCCACAAUCAAGAGGAACCUGACAAGUGAAUUUGACUUGGAUGAAAUAGAAACUAUUGUUAUCUAAGGAACUGAAGGCUAUUAGGUAUUGAAUAAUCACGCCUGAAGGAGCAGUAGGAAACAAAAGACAUGCAAAUACUAACCCUUUUCUCUACCAAAAAUGCUGACUUGUUUGUCCGAUAAGCUUUGCAUGUAAUAUGGUAGACAGGCCGACAAAAAGAUGAACGGACGGAACAGUCGGGUGAAGAGAAGAUGGUAAAUCACCUCAGCUUGUCGCCUUGAUCAAGAAAAUAUAUACUUUAUGUGGUCUGCCACGCCCUCUUCUGUCUUUAAUACAGCC